GUCUGUGAAUCACACUCUUCAAUUUAUUUGCCAACAUGGACCGGAGGAGUGCAAGGGCAAUCGCCAGCAGUUGUGUGUGAUGAACCAGAGCUAUGACCAUGUAGUCCAAACAAAAUUCGUCUUGUGUCAGAUGGGUCAGAAAAAUAUAACAGAUAUUGAAGAGUGUACUAAAUCGCUGGGCUUAUCGAGUGACAUUGAUGAAUGCAUGAACGGUGAUGAGGGCAAUCAUUUGCAGCUGCAAGCCGAGCGCGUAACAUUUGUAUACCGACCACAAUUUUUACCAACAAUAAUCUAUGAUGGGGUCUUUAAUCCAAUAUUGCAGAAUAAUUCACUUAAGGAUUUCCUCGGUACGGUGUGUUAUGUGUUUCAGUUGCGCGGCGAUUUAAUACCCUUGUCCAGAGUCUGUAAUCAGCCGAUAGUUUGUUUGACCUGUUCAAUUUUGACGAUAUGAUAAA